UUUACUGUUGAGCGUGGUCAUAGAAAAUACGACGAGCACAUGAAAGCAGCAUUCCCUUUGUCAAACCUUUUAUGCCUGCGAGGAGCUGGCCAUUGAGCGCAGCAAUGAAUCGUUCCCACCACCACUUACCAGCUACAUGUGGGGCAAGAGGGAAGAUAUAAAACUAAGCAUUACUUCUUUUUUUUUUUAACUGCUUGGAAUAACGGCACUGAUUUUUUUUUCACAAAGCCUUUAGGUUUGUUAACUAGUGAACGUUUGAUGCAUGAGAGGAAAUUUGCAAGUUUUUACUGAACGACAAUGGAAUCUGUGAUCUCCGAACCUCGAGGAAUAACGUUAUCCCUUUCGGCUGAUGUGUCUGCAUAUACAAGCACCGGUUGCGGACAAAUUGUGCGCGCUAAAUGAAACCAAGGAAAACUUGUUUGCUUUGCUGUAACGAGCUUUAAACCAGCGUUUUGAGCAACUGAUUGAGUUGUACACCGGGCAAGGUUUGGACAGAUCCUCAUGGGAACCAUGGAAAGAUUGGAAAUGGCAGGAAUAGAGCAGUAGACUUCCACAGGUUGUGUCCAGAAGGAUGUGUUUUUAAACCCAUGCUGCUGGGAGGUCAAGAGGUGAUAUGCCUCUGUAAAACACCACUGGAAACAAAUGCUCUGCUGCCAUGCCUCCGGGGAUGGUGCAUCGUCUUUCAGUGUUAGCAGUCCAGACACUGCUGUCUCUCCUGCUGCUAGCCAUUGGCCAGCCCUUCAUCUCAUUACCCAGCUGCAUUGUCCAGGGAUCAGACUCCUCCCCCUCUAGUCUUCAUCCCACCUUUUUCCGGAAUGACACUCUGUUCGAGCACUUGGCCCUGCAUCCCGACCCCAUCGUGGGACGGGUCUAUAUCGGGGCCCGUGAUCAACUGUUCCAGCUGGAUCGAUUCCUCCAACCCGAACUCCAUGAUGACACUGGACCUGUCACAGACAGUCGGGAGUGCUUACCUCCUGUUACUGAGAGCAACUGCCCUCAGGCUAGGGUCACCAGUAACCACAACAAGCUCCUACUGGUUGAUCCUUACUCCAUGGAACUUAUUACCUGUGGGAGCGUCAACCAAGGAAUCUGUCAGAAACGUAGUCUCGAUUCUGUGGAUAUGGUACUUUUCUCCACCAAGAGACCAGUGGAUACCCAGUAUGUAGCAGCCAACCACCCAAAUGUUAGUACUGUUGGGCUUGUGGUUCAGUCACAUCCUGACAGGCAGCCAGUACUGUUUGUGGGCCGGGGUUACACAAGCAGCCAUCCACCUAUUUCCACAAGAAACCUCGCCCAGGAACCUAUCUUUUCUUACGAGGAGACCGCCAAGUUGGCUGUGGCCGGCCGGCUCUCAGAAUAUGACCAUCAUUUUGUGGCUUCGUUUGCCCACAGUCAGCAUGUAUACUUCCUUUUCUACAGACGGGACCUUAAAUCACAGUCGCGUGAGUACCGCACCUACGUCUCUCGUGUAUGUUUGGAUGACCAGUCCUAUUACUCCUAUGUGGAAGUACCUUUGACAUGCCGAUCCAGGCCAGGAAAAAUUUACAACCUGCUGCAAGCUGCCCAACUCGGGCUUUCCAAGGAUGGUGUGAUGAGUCGAGGCUCGGAGAUUCUUCUUGGUGUCUUCUCCACUCGUUUGGCUUCAUCAUCUCGGCCCAGUGAGGACUCAGCCCUCUGUAUGUUUAAUCUUGAAGAUGUGGACCGCAGGAUUAACUCCACCAGAGACCUCUGCUACACUCAAAUGGGCAAAGAAGCAGGAGUGGAGGCGGCCUACAUUGAGUACGAAGUCAAGUCUAACUGUGCCAACCUGCCAGAGAACACCCUGGACGCCUACCCCUGCGGCUCUGACCACACCCCCAGUCCAAUGGCCAGCCGAAUCGCUGUGGAGGCAGAAACAAUAUUGGAUAGCCCAUCUGCCCGUCUCACCGCUGUGUCCGUCAGCGUAAGGGCAGGACAUACCAUCGCCUUCCUGGGAGACUCCAAAGGGAACCUGCACAAGGUGUUCCUUGGGCCAAACGGCGAAGUGGAGGAGUAUUCCGUCAUUUCUAUUCAGCAGAACACACCCAUCAGCUCAGACCUCUACCUUGACCAGAAAGAGGAACAUCUCUUCAUCAUGACCCAUAACAUGCUGCAGAAGAGGCCAGUGGCUGAAUGCCAGCAGCACCCAGACUGCCACUCCUGCCUGCUGGCCCACGACCCCUAUUGUGGGUGGUGUAUCCUGGAGGGAAGGUGUGCGUUGCAGUCAGAGUGUGCUCGUGGGAACCAACCAGGUCAGUGGCUGUGGAGCUUCGACAUGGAGCAGCAGUGUCUGAACGUGAAGGACCUCAACCCCUCCAACAUCAGCAGGGAGGAGAGCAGGAUGGUAUCUCUGUCAGUCCCCGGUCUUCCAGUGUUAGAGAAAGAUGAGUCCUACUCCUGCUUCUUCCAGGACAACCAUAGUCCAGCAACUGUCACCGAAACUGGGGUCACCUGCAAUUCACCUAAAAUCACCAGAGUACCUUUGGUGCCUCCAGGACAAGACUUUGUCAGAGUCACAGUGUCUCUUCGUUUUGGCGAUGUCACCAUCACAGCAAGGGAUUUCAUCUUCUAUGACUGCAUGGCUGUUAAGCAGAUGUCUGGCAGCAUGCCUUGCCACGGUUGUGUUUUGAGCCAGUGGGGCUGUAACUGGUGUGUUCACCAGCACAUGUGUACCCACAAGCCCACCUGUGAUGAGGGGGUGAUCAUCUACAACCAACAC